AUCGACAUCGCCGUCACCAUCAGCUUCAUAUCAUAAACACCCGAAGACCAAGACCGUGAUAGUGAUACCUAGAUGUUAUGUGAUCAAAUUCCAUUCAUUAGUGCACGAUCGUUAUUUAUUGUAGGUGUUGUGUGGACGCUGUGAAGCCCGUGAUAUCACACCAGUUUAGAAUCAGUGAAUGACAGUGCAAUAAAAAAUGUUUCGUUUCAUUCAACGUGAAGUGCUUGCCGGUUUGCGAUCAUCGCGACCUGUAAACCGUUUCUAUCCGUGCCGGCAAGCACAUCAGAAACGAUCUCGAGUUCCUCCGCCGGUAAGAUUGCGUAGCGAUGGAAAUCAACCGAUCACGGCUUUUGGGUGGAUGCUAUUGGCAAUCCCCGCUACGACAUUCGGACUCGGAUGCUGGCAAGUCUACCGGAAGCAGUGGAAGGAAGAUUUAAUCAGGAACCUCGAAUCACGUAUGCGUAUGGAACCCGUUCCUAUUCCCGAUGAUUUGUCGGAGCUGGAAAAAAUGGAGUACCAAAAAGUAAUUGUCCGGGGAGAGUUCCUGCACGAUCAAGAGUUACAUCUAGGUCCCCGGGCGUUGAUUCAGAAAGGAGAUUCCAAUACCACGGGUGGUCUGUUUUCGCAGAAAGAAUCCUCGAUCGGAUAUCUGGUCAUAACGCCAUUCAAGCUAGAAGGAAGAGAAGAUAAAAUUCUAAUCAAUCGCGGUUGGGUGUCGAAGCGAAACCUCGAUCCAGCCACUCGACCAGAGGGCCAAAUUAAAGGAACCGUCGAGCUGCAAGGCGUUGUUCGUUUGCCGGAGAACCGUCCCCAGUUUACUCCUAACCAGAGGGGAGCCAUUUUCAUGUACCGAGAUGUGCCCAAAAUGGCCGAACAGUGCGGAACGGAACCGUAUUUUCUUGAUGCGACCGUGGAGUCCACGGUUCCCCAUGGCCCCGUGGGUGGACAAACUCGUGUGACGCUGCGAAACGAACAUCUAUCGUACAUCUUUACGUGGUUCAGCUUGUCGGGGUUCACUUCUUGGCUCUGGUUCAGACAGGUUGUCAGAGGAAAGUCGUUCUAGGACUGUAAUAAAUUUGGUUGAGUCGAGAUUUGCUCGUCUGAACUAUAUUAAUUGUAAAAUAAACCUUUUUCUGUUGGAAA